CUCGCUUGUUCAUUGUCUAAACGUUAGAUUGGGCACUGACAGGGGCACAUGCACAUCCCACGGCGGUUUAAAACGUAUUUGACAGGUGAAAUGCGUCCUGAGUAGCCUCUGGCCCUCUGGAGCUGGAGCAGGAUGUGAUGUGACCGACCCUCUCCUCCCCUUCGGACCUCUGGUGUGUGUGUGUGUGUGUGUGUGUGUGUGUGAGUGGCAACGUUCACCCACACACACCACGCAGAAUGUUUGAGGUCAAACAAAUGAGUGUGGAGAAAAAGGAAGCUGCUACAGGAACAGAUGAGCGCGGUCGGGGCAGCAGCAGCUCGGGGGGCUCUCUGUACCUGUACGAGGGGCAGGACUGGGUCAUCUCGCCCGCUAGCUCGCCGGACGAGCCCAGCGCCAUCUCCCCCAUGCUGGCCGAGGAGACGCUCCGCUACAUGAUCCUCAGUGGAGAGAGGGUGGAGCAGAUGACCAAGACCUACAAUGACAUCGACGUGGUCACACACCUUCUGGCUGAGAGGGACCGGGACCUGGAGUUGGCUGCUCGGAUUGGCCAGUCGCUCCUGCAGAGGAACCAUGUGCUGCAGGAGAGGAACGAGUCGCUGGAGGAACAGCUAGCGCAGGCUCUGGACAGGGUGCACCAGCUGCAGCAUGAGGUGUGUAAGAAGGACGAGCUGCUGAAGAUGGUGGCGAGUGCGUCGGAGGAGAGCGAGACCGACUCCAGCUCGUCGGCCACGCCGCUCAAACACCCCCAGCCACCGGGGGGCGCCAUCAGCCUCAGCCAGCUGGAGGCGCUGCAGAGCAAACUACAGGACCUGGAGGAGGAGAACCUCUCCCUGCGCUCAGAGGCAUGUCACCUGAAGACCGAGACCUUCACCUACGAAGAGAAGGAACAGCAGCUGGUCAACGACUGUGUGAAAGAACUACGCGAGUCCAACAGUCAGAUGGUGACCCUGACGGACGAGCUGUCUAAGAAGACCGAGGAGCUGAUCCGCCACCAGGAGGAGAUCGCCCAGCUGCUCUCCCAGAUCGUGGAGCUCCAGCACAAAGUCAAGGAGCUGGCUCUUGAGAAGGAGGAGUUGAGGAUCCAUCUGCAAGCCUCCAAAGAUGCCCAAAGGCAGCUGACUGCAGAGCUGAAGGAGCUGGCAGAGCGUAAUGUGGAGUGUGUGGGGAUGCUGCAAGAGUCUCAGGAGGAGAUUAAGGAGCUGCGCAGCAAACAGAUGCCCUCUGCUGGCCUACGCAGGAACACACCCUACGGACUCUACCCCAUGGAAUCUCUUGCGGCUGAGAUUGAGGGCACAAUGAGGAAAGAGAUGAGUGUGGAUGAGGAAAUUGCCGUGCAGGACCAGAAGGUGUCCCAGAAGCGCGUGUUCCAGACGGUGCGUGCGGUCAACGAGACCGUGGAGCGGGUGGCCGCUAUGGCCCCGCCCCCAAUCCCGGGGUCCGGACGGAGCAGCGUGGUCAUGACCGCUCGCCCCUUCCUGUCUGGCCUGCAGGACGACGAGUCUGCCGACAUUGCCAAGGAGGCGGCGCGUCUCGGUCAGCCGGGCUCCCCGGGAGGAAGUGACCUCGCGUCGGCGCUGCACCGCCUCUCUCUGCGGAGGCAGAACUUCCUGUGCGAGCGGCAGUUCUUCCAGCAUGAGCGCGAGCGCAAGCUACAGGAACUAGCGCAGGAGUGCUCCCUGACGCUACACCACUGGCAGCAGUUGGCGCAGCCUCACCUGGGCAGCAUCCUGGACCCGCACCCAGGUGUGGUCACCAAAGGGUUCCGGCCGCUUCCGCAGGACGCCACGUACCGUCUGACCGACCUGGAGGAGGACGAGGAGGCCGAAGAGGAGGCGCGCGCCAACCGCAUAUGGGAGCUCCGCUGGGAGGAGAUGAAGAAGAGGGAGGAGAAGAGAGAGAGGGAGGAAGGGAGGAGAGACGAGAGGAGGAGAGAGGAGAGGAGAGAGAGGGAGAGGGAGCGGUGGAGGGAGGAGAGGAGAGAGAGGGAGCAGUGGGGAGAGGAGAGGAGAGGGGGAGAGAUGGAGGAGAGGGGGAGGAGAGAGAAGGAGAAGGAUGAAGGGAGAAGAGAGAGGGAGGAGGAAGAGGAGGAGGAGGAGGAGGAAGGAGGCAUCACGUUCCACGUCCAGUCUUCGUCCACGCCGGAAGAGAAGAACGAGAGGAGACCAGUCGCCAUGGAAAUGCCCCAUGGUCUACCACCGCUCUCUCUGUCGCCGCGGCGAUCGCCCGUCGUCAUGGCGACCGCUGCAGCGUCGUCCUUGACCCCUGCGACCCCUGUGAGCUGUGCCCUUCCUGUGACCUCUGAGCCGGAUAAUUCUGGAGCGUCUCAGGCCAGCCAGAAUGUCAGCUCUGCAGCGCCACUCUCUGCUGUGAACCCAGGGAAGUCACAGAGCUCCACCUUCUCCACCUACACCUUCACCACCUGUCGGAUCAUGCACCCCUGUGAUGUCACGCAGGUCACGUCCAGCUCUGUGUGUAGUCCGUGUGUGUCGGAGCAGCACACUCCGAGUUCCCUGCGGACGGGCCCCAGUACGCCGGUGACUCCGUGCCUGCUGAGCCUGGGCAACUCCUUCCCCCCGCGGCACCUCUCCACGGCGCCCCCUAAAGGCCUGGCCAAGCUCCUGCUGGAGCGCGGCAUCUCCGCUCAGGUCUCCGCGGAAACCGUCCCCCCGGCAGCAGCCGCCUCGGCACCCGCCCCUCGUAAACCGGCGUCCGUUCCCUUCCGCCUGUUGCCUAGCACCCCUCCGAACUCUCCCUCGCACUCGCCCUGUCCGUCCCCGGUCCCGUUCGACUCGCGUCCCGCCGCUGGUCACUCGUCGUCCUCAGCCACUUCCGCCGCCGCCGCCUCUGACAACUUCCUGGCGUCGCGUCCGGCGGAGCUCUUCCUGCAGGACGUCUACGGCGUCCGUCUGGGUCGAGCUCCCCGCCCCGACCUCCCGAGUCCCGAGAUCCCCGCCGCCGCCCCCUCCGCAGAUCCCGCCUCCAGCCUGGUGGAACGCCUGCGCAGGCUGGGAUUGGCUGCGGCGUUGCCGGGGGGGACAGCGGAUGCGGAGCCUAAACGUCCCCAGGACUCAACCUUCCUGGCCACCGGCGGAGGAAGCCUAUUGGACGGCCUGCGGCGGAAUCAGAGUCUGCCAGCUAUGAUUGGUCGAGGACCACGGGGGGCGGUGUCAAGCCCCUCCCACCCGACGCCGACACCUCCUCCGCCACACCCCACGUCAUUGGCUCUGCCCACUCCGCCCUGGGGACACCUGAAGCCACACCCCUCCUCCCGAAGACACGCCUCCCUCUCUCAUGGCCCGCCUUUUCAGAGUAACCACUAAAAGCCAUUGGAUAAUGGCGGAGGGGAGGGGAGUGAGUGGCAUUGCGUUGGAGGAGAGGCUUGCACUGACAGGAGAGACUUGAAGCUCUGCCCAGGUCCCCUCCUCAUCCAAUGAGAUAACUUUGCUUGCUUGAGACAACUGGGAUCGGAGGAGGAGGCCUUGCUUGUUUUUAUGUUUUUUAAAAAGCACAAUUGACAUGUUUGAGAUGGGAAAGCUCAUUGCCACAGUGUGUGUUUGACGUUGUGGGUUUCCGUGGCCUUAGCAUGUCUGUGAGGGGUAGAAGCGCCUGCCUAACUUCCUACUCUGCCCUCUUUUCCUGCUCUACUUCCUGUUUCCUUUUUCCUCUACUACCCUACUUCCUGUUUGAACAUUAUUCUGUUCCUGUCUCAUUGUGGCUCAUUUCCUGUGAACUCUGGAAGCUUAGAAGACCAGUCGGAGAUAGGAAGAAAGUGAGCCAGCAAGUUGAUGUGCUGAAUUCAGUUUGUGUUAAGAAAAGAAAAACGGGAAGUUUGUAACAGUUGGAAUGUGGAAGGUCAGAUGACAUGACAAAAUGCAGAGAUGUAAGGGAAGGGAAACGGAAAGCAAAAGUGACAGUUGAGGAAAAAAGGAAGUAGGGUUGAUACCGAUGGUCAAGCUUCCAGAGUUCCACUAGCUUUGGGCCUUUCUCUUGUGUUGAAGCCUUGGGCGUAAAAACCCCCUCUCCUGCAGUCUAUCCUGUACAUACCUGAAUCUGUAAACUCGUAAACUCUGUAGAGACUCUGGUCUAAGACUAGACUAAACUAGUGGAUGUCUAACGAUCUCUAAAUGAUCUCUCGCUCUGUAUAGGCUUUCAGUAUUACUCCAUAGUGACUGUUUGCUUUACUGCCAUUAGCUAGCCCAAGCCAAGAUCGCUAGAGAUGGACUGGCUCCUGGACACACCAACUCCAGGAUGCACUGCUGUGGAGGCCCCAAAUUACUGAAUAUUCUCCUCAGGGCUGGAGGGCAGGAGACAUCAGCUUGCUCUAGUGUGGAUCCAGAUGCGCUCCAGAGUUAGCCUAGCUGUUAGCGGGGUUAGCCUUAGCUAACAGGGUUAGCCUAGCUGUUAGCAGGGUUAGCCUAACAAGGUUAGCCUAGCUGUUAGCAGGGUUAGCCUAGCUGUUAGCAGAGUUAGCCUAGCUGUUAGCAGGGUUAGCAGUGGUAGCUUUUAAUAAACUGUAAAUUUAAGGGUUAGUUUGUAUAAAAGGGCAUCACUGGAGUUCUGUCACCAGAUAGGUAAGCUUCUGUUGUUUCCGAUCAUCACCACCUCCUUCUCGUGUUGGUUGCCAGCAGGGGUCUUUGCUGUCUUAAAGGACGUGCCCUGGUGUUUUUCACGCUAGGGGUGAUUGGCUAGGACGGAGGCAGCUAGCGCUAGCUAAUAAUACACAUUCUAUUCCAGCAAGCAAAAGGGCUUCAUGUACCAAGUAUACACACUUACUCCAGGGUGUUUGGUGUAGUGCCAGCCUAUAGCUCCGGUUAUCUGUCGGUGUUGAGGCACUGAGAAAUGGCAGAUUGUAGGAACAUUUUGAAGGGACUAGUUUAGCAUGCGUAGGAAUAUAAGGGUGCGUAGAGACUGCUAACGGAUAAAGGUUAAAGGUUAAAGGUUUUCUGAUAGUGUUAGAAGUGUUAAGGAAGCACUGAGGAUGAGAAGGGUAGUAAAGUCCCCCUACUGCUCGUUGACCUUUCACCUUCGCGACCUCUUGACCUUUGAUCCUCAGACCCUCUUUGAUCCCAAUAGAGGUCAUGUGACCUUAAGGGUCACAUGGAUAAUGUUCCGUCCCACUGCUCUCUAUUAUCAUUCGUUUAAUGCACUUUUUCAUUUUAAAUUCACUAAUAUUAUUAUUCAUAUUAUUAUUAAAAAAUAUUGUAAGGGACAGACAAGAUUAUUAUUAUUAUUAUUAUUAUUAUGUGAGGUUAGUAUUAGGUUUAACUAAUAUGUUUUAUCAGCAGAGGAUGUAAGACCUCAUCAUGUAUUUAACGCCAUUUCAUUUAGGAAUGAGAUUUUUAAAUAAUAUUCAGCAUAGCCUAUACAUGAAGCUUGUUCUUGUUUUUGUGGUUCCACAAACCAGGGAUUGUAAGAGUGCUUGUGUCUGAUCGUAAGCAGUGUGAAAAGCAACCAAAAAUACUUAUCCUUUUGUCCACCCUGCGCCGAUCCGGUUUGUGUUGAAACCGAACGGGUUUCUGUUCUCCUUAACGUUUAUGAUGUAACCAUGUUUUAACCAUCAGGGAUGUGAGCAGUGUGAUUCUGGGCUUCUCUGCUAGUGGCUGGCGUAAGGAGGAGGGGCGGAGCCUAUAAUUCCCUGUCGUUCCAAUCAGGGUUGAGGCUGGUGUUGAGUACUGAAUGAUGCCAGCUUUUAAAGCAGUGUGUGUGUCUGUGUGUGUGUGAGCGUGAGAGUGUGAGAGAGAGAGAGAGAGAGAGUGAGAGAGAGAGAGAGUGAGAGAGAGAGAGAGUGAGAGAGAGAGAGAGUGUGAGAGAGAGAGAGAGAGUGUGUGAGAGAGAGAGAGAGAGAGAGAGUGAGAGAGAGAGAGAGAGAGAGAGAGAGAGAGUGUGUGAGAGAUGGACCUAUGUGACCCCCCUCUGUGCUUGGCCUGUGUAAAGUUCCCAUGAUUCAUCCUGUUGCAUUGUUUUGUAAAAUAAAGCAAUUCAAAAACU